AUGGAGCGGGUAUUGAGCGAUGGGGACGAGGGCCAGAGGAAUGUUGCAGCAACAAGAGGUGCAGAUGAAUCAGUAGAGAGGCUAUACGAGAGCGAAGAGCUACCGUCGUGGCAGAAGCAGCUGACGCUUCGAGCAUUCAUCGUCAGCUUUUUUCUGGCGCUUCCAUUCGCCGUCGUAAUGAUGAAGUUGAAACUGACAACUGGGAUAGUGCCUCCACUCAACAUCUUAGCUGGACUUCUCGGAUUCUUCUUCAUCAAGUCGGCAACCUCAUUUCUCGAGAAAUGUGGGUUUGCCAUGCAACCAUUUACUAGGCAGGAGAACUGCAUAAUACAAGCUUGCGUUAUCGCCUCCUCUGGCAUCGCCUGCAAUGGAGGCUUUGGAAGCUACCUUCUUGGUAUGAGUGAAGUCGCCAAACAAACUUCUAAAGAUGAUAACCCUAAUGAUACUAAGAAUCCUCAACUUUCGUGGAUGAUCGGGUUCCUAUUCCUUGUCACCUUUUUGGGACUCUUCACAGCUUUACCCCUUCGAAAGAUAAUGAUCAUUGACUACAGACUGACUUAUCCAAGUGGUACUGCAAUUGCUCAUCUCAUCAACAACUUUCACACUCGUGGAGAAAACCUAGCCAAGAAACAACUAAAAACUUUGAGGAAGUACUUCACAUUCUCAUUUAUCUGGGCCACAUUCCAAUGGGUGUCCACAUCAGAGUAUGCUUGCGGACUCCACGGUUUUCCUAUAUUUGGCUCAAAAGCGUAUAAUAAGAGCUUCUACUUUGAUUUCUCUGCAACAUAUGUUGGUGUUGGUAUGAUAUGUCCAUAUCUCACCAAUAUAUCAUUCCUUAUUGGCGCUAUCUUGUGGUGGGGCAUCAUGGGGCCACUGAUAGAGAAACGGAAGGGCGAUUGGUACCAUGGCGAAUCCCUCGACUCCCAUAACUUGAACGUUUACGCGAUCACUAUUGCCACGGCUAUGAUUCUUGGCGAUGGGUUUUACAACUUCGGUAAAAUCCUAAGCCACGUCCUACUCGACUUGUACCACCGAAUACGCAACCGCAAUGCAGCUCAAGCCCUUCCAGUUGGCGGCCGCAGCCCUACGCCUCUUGCCCUCUCCUACGAUGACCAGCGUAGAACCCUGUUUUUUCUCAAGGAACAAAUCCCCACUUGGGUUGGCAUUGUCGGCUACUUCACCCUUAGAUUAGUAGCUGCUACUAUUAUUCCUCACAUAUUCACCCCUCUAAAAUGGUACUAUAUUGUUGUCAUAUUUUUAUUUGCACCCGCGGUAGCCUUUUGCAAUGCCUAUGGAUCCGGCCUCAUGGCUUGGCCUUUAUCCGACUUUCACGGAAAAUUUGUAAUAUACGCGGUCAGUGCAUGGGUCGGAGCCUCCCACGGAGGUGUCCUAGCCGGGCUGGCCGCGUGCGGUGUGAUGACCAACUGUGUGUCCGCUUCCGCGGACCUGAUCCAGGACUUCAAGACCGGAUACAUGACCCUCGCGUCUCCGCGGUCUAUACUCGUCAGCCAGAUCAUUGGCACGGCUAUGGGGUGUGUCAUCUCACCCUGUGUCUUUUGGAUAUUCUACAAGUCCUCUGAUGGUCUUGGAGUGUAUGGCUCGCAGUAUCCAGCACCAUUAGCAACCUUAUAUCGCUACGUAGCUGUCCUUGCAGCAGAGGGGAAUUCGUCCUUGCCCAAGUUCUGUGUCGCCUUCUUCUUCGGGUUCUUCAGUGUGGCCAUUGUCAUCAAUGGUAUCCGGGAUGCGGUCGGGCCUAGAUGGGGGAGGUUCAUUCCCAUUCCCUUCGCUAUGGGGAUCUCGUUCAUUGCCGGGGCGAAUUAUGCAGUUGAUAUGUGCGUUGGGAGCUUGAUUCUUUUCAUCUGGGAACGGGUCAACAAGGUCGAGGCAGAUGCCUUCGCGCCCACGGUUGCUUCGGGAUUGAUUUGCGGUGACGGGAUGUGGACACUGGUGAGCGCGAUGUUGAAUAUGGGUGGCGUGAAACCGCCUCUUUGCAUGAGGUUUUUGCCAAGAAACGUGAGUGGAAAGGUGGAUAAAUUCUUGCGGGAACAUUGA